UCGAGGAUCGAUGUCGAUUUGGAAGCAUUGGGGCGUUGUCUUCAUAUAAGAUGAGCGCACUCCCUUCUCUUCGAGGCUCCUCACGUUCUACCUAGGACCAGCUCUAGUAAGAGCACACACAUCAUGUCAACCCCGAUUGACAGCGCAGCGCCUACGCUCGCUCCGUCUUCACCCACUAUCCCGAACUACGAAACCGCCUCCCUAGGCAACGAUCAGAGCAAGGAUAGCCUCGUCAAGAUCGCGCCUUAUCCAUUCGACAACGUUUACUCAGACGCCGACGUCGUGCUGCAGACUGCAGACGGGACGCGUUUCUACCUGCAUAAGGCAGUCCUACGCAUCGCGUCGGCGUUCUUCGCCGACAUGUUCUCCUUGCCGCAACCGCUGUCUCCUGACUCGCCGGUUGCCGGUCGCGCUGAGAUACCGACCAUCCCGGUCACGGAGGACAGUGAGACUUUCGAGCGACUACUGUAUACGUGCUACCGGGUCGACAGACCUGAAACGUCCUCCAUUGAAGCUCAUACUCUGGCGCAUGUCCUUAGCGCGGCACUCAAGUACCAGAUGCCGAUCGGCACCGCCAUGAUGAGCAAGUCAUUGUCGUCUCGCAUUCAUAUGACGCCCCUGGAUGUCUUCGCAGUCGCAUACCAGUUGAAUCUGGAAGACAUGGUGGAAGAAGCAGUCUGCGAAUUCACGAGAUGGCAGUCCGGGCACAAAGCCGCAUCGCGUGGUUCCAAACCGACCGCCGAGAAGCCACGGCGGGCCCAUCCACUCGAUGAGUAUUCUGUAGGAAUGGAUGCUUUACCCGCAGGCGUGUAUUACCGACUUCUUCAACACCAUGCUGCUAGAACCUUGGAAUCGCUACGAUCAAGCACAGAGGCCGCUGUAAGGCGUAUCGUAUCACGUCCUCGAGACACCGAAAAGGCUCGCGGGACCGAGAUGGCUAUCGGACGACUACCUCAUCCCUUUUACGACACCGCUCACGCGGAUACCGUUAUUCGCUCAUCCGACAACGCGGUAUUCUACGUGAAUCGCUCGCUGCUCAGUUUCGCUUCACCAGUCCUUGCUAAGUCGCUCUCAGUGUCCUCCACGACGACGGGAUCCGGCGCCCCAGAGAGCGCGCCAGCCAGUCCCACCUUCGUGGCGACGCACCGUUUCCCGGAGGAUGGACGGACGCUUUCGAAACUCUUCCAGCUGUCUUACCCCAUGCCUGACCCCGAGCUCACCGAGACGGGCUUCGCAGACACCAGGCUGAAGGACGCCCUUUCUGUGUUGGCGGCUGCGAAGAAAUACGAGGUGGCACGAGCAGUCGCGUUCGCCAAACGUGCUUGUGUCGAGGCUGCCGGCGCUUCACCCGUGCGUCUCUACCUGCUGGCGACGCAGUACAAUUGGGACGACGUGGCCAAAGAUGCAGCCAUGCGUUCUGUGUACGAGACCUCCGAUGCCUACUACCCAGAAAUGGAGUCUGCUUCCGCUGUCGCAUACCGUCGUCUCUUGGUAUAUUGCCGGAAGUGCCGAGACGUCAUAUUACGUGGCGGUGAUGCCGCGCAGGAAACUGGAACACCUGUCGUUCAUUCGGCUUAUUGGAGCCAGUCCAGCUGGCUGAGGCCCAGAAGUGUUCAUGGACGCCGAGGCAUUUCUUCCAAGCGUAGACCGCGCUGCGUGGGGCUCGCCGCAGACUUUUGUUGAUGGCCCAGUGCCAGUCUCUAUACCGGUCCCUACAGAUUGUUUCAAUCAGCAAGAACUCAGAAGAAUUGCGAAUGGCUUG